AUGCUUUUUAGGGAGAUGAUAGUGGUGGUAACACCUAAUGAAGCUACUUUGGUUAGUGUGCUUUCUUCUUGUGCUAAGUUAGAUCGAGGAGGUGUUUAUUUAGGGAAGCAGAUUCAUUGUUAUGUUAUGAGGAAGGAGUUUAUCGUCACUGCUACAUUAGGUACUGCUUUGCUUGAUAUGUAUGGGAAAGGGGGUGACUUGGAGAUGGCGUUGAUUAUUUUCGAUCAGAUUUUUGAUAAAAAAGUUUGUGCUUGGAAUGCUAUAUUAUCAGCUCUUGCUUCAAAUGGUAGACCUGAGGAAGCAUUAGAGAUGUUUGAGAUGAUGAAAUCAAGGAAUGUGGAGCCGAAUGGGAUCACUCUACUUGCAGUACUCACGGCUUGUGCUAGAUCUAAACUUGUGGAGUUAGGUAUCCAGCUGUUCAGUUCUGUAUGUAGUGAGUAUAAGAUCACUCCAACGUCAGAGCAUUACGGUUGUUUGGUUGAUCUCAUUGGAAGAGCUGGACUAUUGGUUGACGCGGUUAAUUUCGUAAAGAGUUUACCGUUUGAGCCUGAUGCUUCUGUUCUUGGUGCUCUUUUGGGUGCUUGUAAGAUUCAUCAGGAUGUUGAACUAGGAAAUGAAGUAGGUGAACAGCUUAUUGGACUGCAGCCAGAGCACUGUGGCCAGUACGUGGCGUUGUCAACACUAAAGGCUUUGAGUAACAAUUGGACAGAAGCAGAGCAGAUGAGGAAGGUCAUGGUAGAAGCUGGAAUACAGAAAAUCCCUGCCUAUAGUGUGCUUUCUUGA